UGGGAUAAUAAAGAGUUUAAUUCUCUCAUGUCUCCUGCUGUUUGACAUUGGGACAGGACCCCAAGCGAGAGAUAGUGAAGAUGAUAAAGUUCCUGGGAAAAGAGUUACCCGACCUGGUCAUUGAUGGGAUCGUCCGGAACACCACGUUCGAAUCCAUGAAGGACAAUCCUAUGAGUAACUACUCAACUGUCCCGGACUCCAUCUUUGAUCGCUCCAUCUCCCACUUCAUGAGGAAAGGGACGGUGGGCGACUGGAAAAACCAUUUCACCGUGGCCCAGGACGAGACGUUUGAGGCGGAUUACCGGCGGAUUACCAUAGUCCUUCACUAUACCUUUACUCUAACCUAUUUUAUCCUCUAUUGUCUCCACUAAUUCUGUUAGUGACCUGUCUUUAUAUCCCACUCUCUCUUUAGUAUGAUUUUCGUCUUGAAGAUUAUACUCACCAGUUCCGGCCUCCUCCAGAACCAUACCUAGAUCCAGAUCUGGAGAUGCCGGUGUUGGACUGGGGUAUACAAAGUUAAAAAUCACACCAACACCAGGUUAUAGUCCAACAGGUUUA